CAUAUCAAUUGGCCAAUGUCAAUCAUUGGUUAAUCUAGCGUUUUUGAUGGUAUAUAAAUAAGUUGAAUAUUUUAUUUAUGUUACUGUGAGUCGAAAUAAGUGUGAUAGCUACUUUUAAGAUAGGUGAAAUAAUAUGGGUAUAGAAAACAUGCGUCGCUGGCCCAUGUAUUUGAUGUUCGCCGUGUGCAUUCUGCUGGUCCUUUCACUAUUAAAUAGUGGAAGUAUGCUCACCGUGUUGCGAAACAGAGUAGCUGAGAUGAGCGUACAACUUCAAGAAUGCUCUAAACAACAGACCUCAUGUAUGGAAGAGUCCCUGCGGCUUCUUGAACAAAAAGACGGUUACGUUUCAAAACUCGAUGAUCUCGACAAAGAAAAAGGGAAGUUGAUUGACGACAUUAAAGACUAUAAACAUAAGUUAACAGAAACGGAAAUUAAAGUUAAUAGAACGAAAAUGGACGAACAGCUUUGUGUGGCGGAGCGCGAGUCUUUAAAAAAUCUGCAGCUGAGCAAAGAGGGUGUGAUCCAGACUUUGAGAUUAGAAAAGGUCACUUUAACGGAUCAAUUAGCUGAUAGAAAAAAGAAGAUUGAAGAUUUGGAGAGGCAGGUAGAAAAUUUGAAGGCAACUUUAGCAUCUAUGGCUACAAAGCCGGCAGCAAACAUAGUGUCCUCUAAAGUAACUCCUGCUGCCCAGCCUCCUAAGCUAAGCCCUGCUUUGAAUGCACAUGAACCACUUAAUGAACCUAUCCUUGACAAUGAUGCCAAGGAAGACAUUGAUGACACAAAUGUGCUAAAUGAUGAUCAAGGUUUUGAUCCACAGAUGUAAAUACAUUUUUUUUUUUUAAGGUAAGGAAAAAUUGGCAGGGCAAUAAAACAUUUUUACAUCUUGACUGAUAACGAAAAACAAAGCCAAAUUGUGUUGAACUCUGAUAAAAUUGUUGACUCACAAAUUUAUUUUGUAUAGUAAUAUUAGUGUGAUUUAUGAUAGUUUUAGCUACUGAUACUUUUUGUAUGAACAAAACUACACUCCCAGUGCAAUUAUAUACAUGACAUUUUAUCAUUUAUGAUAUCGCAAUAGUUAAUUAUGCAUUUACUACUCGUUUUUCCAUAUUUAGUUAUCUAUUGUUAUUUAUACAAAAAUAAUUACCAUUUAGAAGGGUUAUUGUUAUUCCAUUCCCCGUGUUCCAUGUUUUAUAUAUUGUUGAUAUACUUACUUAACCUCGUACCUAUAUAUUAGAUAUGUAUAUCAGAUACGAGUUUGAGUAAGUAUAACGAUGAUAUGUAUUCAUUUUGUUAAAUGCUGGCCUAUAUUUGGGGGUUAUAGCUAGGCUUAUUUAUCACGAUCCACACAAGUGUAACAACUAUUUUGAGAUUGGUCAUAAAGAAUUCUAGCAAUCUUUUCAAAAAUCACAUUGGGUAAACAUUUUUUUUUUAAUGUUACCCUAUACAUACAUAUGUAUAUUGCAAAAUUGUACCUGUUAAUAGAUUUUAUUUGAACAAGGUACCAUUUACCCUAAACUAACGUUGGUUAAAAGUUAUUUUAUUGUUGAGCUAAUAUCAGAUUUGUUUAUUACACCUGAUAUUAGCUUUAACUAUAUGUAGGUACAAACACAACAUUUUUUAUUUUAUUUAAAUAUACUGUUGUAUUCAUUAAUGAAGUCAACAAUAUAUUAUUAAACAAUUAUUUUCUGAUAAUUUUGUAUAUGGUUGUGGGAUUGUGCAUAGAGUAAAUUGAAUGUUGAGGCACUAUCAUGAACAGGUAACCAAUCUUGUGUAAUGUGUUCAUAUCAAAUGUGUCAAAGAAGGUCGAAUUUACAAUGAAUCUGUGUAGCAGUUAAUACCUUUUGAAAUGAAUAAGUGAUGGCAAUUUGUAAAACAUCAUUCUCAAUUAUAUGCUGUAUGUGUACAGUUUAAAAGCAAUUGGUUUUUAAAUAUGUAGGUAUAUUCGCCUUUUACAGGUUGAAUAAACCAAAUGGACCAUGAAAUGAAAGUGAAUGAAACUGUAAAAACAAGAGAAUAUAUAUUAAGAUAGGGUGCACUAUGCUCAGCUUUCUUACUUACAUAUAAUGUGGAAAUAGGUUAGAUUAGUAAGUAAAGAGUUUUCAAAAUGUUCCUGUUAUUAAUUCUGCUUAAGGAAACAAUGCAGAAUUUCCUAACUCAUGUCAAGAACUCAACUUUUGGGAACAAAUCAAAUUAUUUUUAACAAAUAUUUUGAUUUGUGUUUUUUAAUAGUCACACCACACUACUAUGUAUAAAUUAUAAACUGAAAUAGAUGACAUACAUUAAAGUUGGAUACGAACCUGGCCUUCGCCACUGAAGGGCUUUGUCACUUUUUAGGGUUCCGUAUCCAAAGGGUCAAAGGGGACCCUAUUACUGAGACUUUGCUGUCCGUCUGUCACCAGGCUGUAUCUCAUGAACCGUGAUAGCUAGUUUCACAGAUGAUGUAUUUCUGUUGCCACUAUAACAACUAAUACAAAAAACAGAAUAAAAUGAAUAUUUAAGGGGGUCUCCCAUACGACAAACCUUUUUUUUUUUGGCGUUUUUAUAAAUAAUGGUACGGAACCCUUUGUGCGCAAGUCCAACUCACACUUGGCCGGUUUUUUCUUUAAUGUAUGAUAUCUAUUUCAUUUAAUGUCAGGAACUUUAUAUAGUUGUUAUAAUUAAAUGUUGCCCCAUUUGCAUUGUCAUCCUGUAUAUUUGUAUAAAUAUGUCAACAAGAAUUCCAAGUCAAUGUAUCAAUAACGACUAUAACAAGCUAUACAAAUAGCCCAUUGUAAAGUUAUUUCAAUUUAGUGAACAUAGACACAUGUAAAGUUCAAGUUACACAGGGAGCUACCUAAAACUAAAGUUCCAAGAUUGUAUAUCUCCAUCUCUAUUCAUUUUGUGUUUACCCAUCACGGAACCAUAGUGUUCCAGACAUUUGGGAAGUGUGGGCAGAGGCAAAGCCAACACGUAGACCCUUUUUGACACUUUAAUGAUAUGUAAAGGGUGCUGCCCGUGCACGUGAUGGGACGCACGCAGAGGCAGCACCCGCCAAGGUGUAAGAGAUUGAUCUAAAUGAACUAGGAAAUGUUGGCGAUCCAAUAACUUCGAAGUUUGCGGUAGGAUUCGGGUUCACUUGAUUUUUCUGCGUUCGCGCAACCAAUAAGAAUAUCGUCCACACAAUUAACUGACGAAUAGGCGGGUCCACACAGAGCGAGCGAGCGAGCACGUACGUGCGAGGCAAUUUCCUCACGCCCAAACCGGCCAGUGUAGACGUGCCUAGGCCGAGGCGGCGCGUGCGUUUUCCUCGCCCGAGGCACGUCUACACUAGCCGGUUUGUGCGUGAGGAAAUUGCCUCGCGCGUAUGCUCGCUCUGUGUGGACCCGGCUAAUCGUGAAUCUUAUUGUAUUGAAAUAAGGGUCACUAACGUUAAAAGUGUUGUUAACCUCGUAUGGCCCACUACACAUUUAUUAUAGUUUCUAUUUUUAAUUUGAACCUUCUUGUAUAGUAAAUUAAGAUACAUUUCCUUGAAAAAGAAACAGAUGGAAUUCUACUUUAUUGGGUUUAUGAAAUGUUCUAAUUAGAUUGAAACAGACUGUACAUUGUAAUGCAUUUUUUACGACGUUAUUUUAUUACACAUCCAGGACAGUAGUAAGAUGAGAAACCAGUUUGUUUACACGCUGUUAUCAUGUAGCAAUGUUUUGCCUGAAUUAAGUAUUAUAAAUUAUAAGCCAUCGCGGUGCCACAAUUUGUGUAGUUUUAGAUCUGAUUUGUGUACUCUUUGCUCAAGUUAUUAUAUCAGUGUUGUUUUCAAGAAUGUUUAUUUAUAAAAUAUCUGGGCGGACCUUGCGCUUGUUUGCCACCAAGGUAGCUUAAAUUUAUUUGGUUGUGACCAAAAAUGGUUUGACAUUCUUGACUGAGGUUAUUUCAGGUCUUGGUCAGAGACCGUGGCGUAACUAUUCCAUACCCUCAUAAGGCCCAAGGGCCUAUCCGUGGUACUAAUUCCUUUUAUGUGAUUUAAACCAUUUUCAAAUGAAACUGAGUUGCAUUUCUUUUGUUCUGUUACAUUUCAAAACAAAAGAUAUUCGACCAUAUUUAAUUCACUAUUAAUUCCAAAUUCAAAUGACAGUUUUUUGCAUUUCUUUUUAUGUCCGGCUCUAAAGCAUUCCGGCGUAUUCUCCUAAUACGGUAGGGAAUAGUCUUAGCAUUUUCCACAGAAAGACGGGAGGCCAUGCGAUUUUGCCAAUUGAUAUGGUUACGCCACUAUAUUAUAUGUAGGUAAGUUAAGAAAUAAAUUUUGAUACUUAUAUAUGACACUAAGGCUACAGUUAAAUGGCAGGUCUUAGCUUCGUAAAUAUAAGGGUUAAUUCACAACUGUCAAAAUUUGCUUCUUAUCGACUAUAAAUGUUGUACGAUAUAAUUUAUUCUUUUGACUCUAUACCAGGAAAAAAUCAAUUGAUAUUAUCAGGAUAAGAGACUUAUGAAGUUAACAUUGGCAACUAUAGAAUAAGUACCUACAGUCAACACUUAAUAAGCAUAUUGAGUGCAAAACUACUUCCUAGUUUAUUUUUGAAAACAGCAUACCUGGUGAGUGAUAUAAUUAGUAUGACAUUCUUUUUUUUAUAACAUUAUUGUGUUGUAUAAACCCAUUGUAUUCUAUAUUGAAUAAAGAAGGGAAUUUAGUUAUAUAUUUA